AAACAAACCCUAGAGAAAAAGGCCUUUUCUCACCUCUUGCGCAUCUAACAACAGUUGCAGACAAACAGAACGGCGAGCUGCGGUAAGAACUCAGAACCAGAAACUAUAAUAAUUAAAAGGUGAGUCAAACAUGGCUUAUUCAGCGAUGAAGCCUGCGAAAGCCGGUUUAGAGGAGUCCCUCGAGCAAAUUCAUAAGAUCAGGAUCACUCUCUCUUCAAAGAACGUCAAGAACCUCGAGAAAGUGUGCACUGAUUUGGUCCGUGGAGCUAAAGACAAGGCACUCAGAGUUAAGGGACCAGUGAGAAUGCCAACCAAGGUUCUUAAAAUCACCACCAGAAAGGCACCUUGUGGUGAAGGAACCAAUACGUGGGACAGAUUUGAACUUAGGGUUCACAAGCGGGUGAUAGAUCUCUUCAGCUCUCCUGACGUGGUUAAGCAAAUCACCUCUAUCACCAUUGAACCCGGUGUCGAGGUUGAGGUCACUAUUGCCGACUCUUAGACAAACUCUUGUUUAUGUUUCCAAAACCGCUUCUUUCGUUCGUUUUUGGUCUUACAUUUUUUGUUUCUGGAUACUGCAAACCUUAGUUCUCGGAUUUUUGUAGUUUUGUCGAUCCUGUUUUCUUUCAUCUAUUAAGAGACCUUAAUGAGCCUUCAUACA